AUGAAUGUGUAUUUACGGUCCACAAUAUUCCAUUCGCAGCAGGUGGCAAGGCUACAGUGCCAUGCCCACUCGAAGUCCGCUCUGCAGGGGAAGGCAGUCUCCACGAACACAGUGCUGGGUACACCCUCUACUUGUCAGGCAAGCCAGAGGCCUGCUUCCAAGCUUGAAAACCUGCCAACAGGAUACUCAGAGCGAAUCAUCUCCCUGCGCCUUCCACUACAGAACAAACAGCAUGCCACUAUGUUCAGUAUAUAUGCUCCAACUCUCCAAGCAGCUCCCACAGAAAAGGAAAAGUUUUACACUGAUCUGCGCAACCUCGUUCAGAACGCCCCAGCAGAAGACAAGGUUAUCAUCCUUGGUGAUUUCAACACCAGAGUUGGCAAAGAUUCAGAAGCCUGGAAAGGAGUUGUUGGUAAGCAUGGCGUUGGAAACUGCAAUGACAAUGGGCGCCUUCUUCUUGAGUUCUGUACAGAUCAGCAGUUUACUAUUUCCAACACCAUUUUCCAGCAGAAGAACAGCCUGAAGACAACCUGGAUGCAUCCUCGGUCCAGACAUUGGCAUCUCAUUGACUAUAUCCUGACGCACCAGAGAGACAUACGAGACGUCCUACAUACCAGUGAUGUGUACUCUAUAGGCACAACUAAAAUCAGCUAUCCUGCAUCAAAAAAGAACAAGGACUGGUUUGAUGAAAAUAACCUGGAAAUUAAAGAACUGCUGGAGAAGAAGAGAUCAGCUCACCAGGCUCACCUUGCUCAACCAACCUGUCAGGAGAAAAAAAAAACAGCUUUUCAACUCAUAUGCAGCAAUCUCCAGCGCAAGCUUCGUGAAAUUCAAAACGACCUCGCAGAGAGAACAGGUGACUGCCGGGGAUUCUACGAAGCUUUAAAAGCAGUGUAUGGUCCCUCACGCCAGGUCCAGAGUCCUUUGCGCAGCGCAGACGAUCAGACGCUCCUCACAGACAAGACGUCAAUCCUAAGCAGGUGGUCAGAUCACUUUCAUUUCCUCUUCAGCGCCAACUGCACGGUUCAAAACUCGGCAAUUCUCCGCAUCCCGCAACAGUCAGUGAAGUCAGAUCUGGAUGAGCUACCUACCCUAAAAAAGACUGUCAAGGCCAUCAAACAGCUAAAAAGCGCAAGGAAAACUACCACAGGACCUCAGCGAUGCACUCAUCAUUACCCUGUACAAAAACAAGGGGAAAAGUCAGUCUACUCCAACUACAGGGGGAAAACUCUGCUCUCCAUUGCAGGGAAGAUUCUUGCCAGAAUACUCCUGAAUCGGCUGGUAGCUAACAUCGCCGAAGAACAUAUCCCCGAGAGUCAGUGUGGUUUCAGAGCCAACAGAGACACAACUGACAUGGUCUUUGUUCUCAGACAGCUACAAGAGAAAUGUCGGGAACAGAACAAAGGUUUGUACAUGACAUUUGUCGAUCUCACAAAAGUGUUCGACACCGUGAGCAGGAAAAGCCUGUGGAAGAUCAUGAAACGUCUAGGAUGCCCCCAAAAGUUCCUCAGCAUGGUCAUCCAAAUACUUGAAGAUCAGCGAAGACAGGUCAGACACAGCAACGACCUUCCAAAGCCUUUUCCAAUAAGUAACAGCACGAAACAAUUGUCCUCGCACCAACCCUCUUCAUGA